ACAUUGAAACAUACUGUCUCUCUGUUUUCACAUUUCAAUCCCAAUUUCUCAAAAUCAAAAACCCACAAAUGAAUUCCACUGCUUCUCCAUCCAAUACCAAUUUCAAGAAGAAAAACAACAACAACAAGAUUAAGAAGAUCGGAGACAUUUCCAACAAUGACCCUGUUUAUCGAGGUGUUCGAAUGAGAAGUUGGGGUAAAUGGGUAUCUGAAAUUCGAGAACCCAAAAAAAAAUCAAGAAUAUGGUUAGGUACUUUUCCUUCGCCGGAGAUGGCGGCGCGUGCACACGACGUCGCCGCCUUAAGCAUUAAAGGACCAUCGGCUGUUCUUAAUUUCCCCGAACUCGCAGGUUCUUUACCCCGACCGGCUUCUCUUUCGCCUCGUGACGUCCAAGCCGCCGCCGCGAAAGCGGCGGCCAUGGACGGCACGACUUCGUAUUCCUCCGAGGAAGAACAGGAAUUGGGUAAGAUUAUUGAGUUGCCGAAUCUUGAAACUAGGUUUGAUUCACCUGAGUUUGUUUAUGAAGUUGAUUCGGUUAAUGGGUUUUUUGAUACGCCGACGUGGAUGGUUAAUGGAGAUGGGUUUGGUUACUUUUCCGAUCAAAUGUAUACGCCGGCGGCGGAGAGUUUUAUGGAAACUGAUUGUUUUGAUUCUUUGUUUUGGGGUUAUCAGUAAUAAUAUUAUUCAGCUCUCUCUUCAUUUUUUUAUGUGAAGGGCUGUUUUUUUUUAUUGUUUUUUCCGGGUGUUUUUAGAUGGAAUCGAAUAUAUUCUCGAUUUCGGAAAUCGGGUUUUAAGCAGAUUCUGAUUGUGAUUUGAUAGUUUGUAAAUUUCUUGGUACAUUGAAUCAUAGAAUCUGAUAGAAAGCUGAUACCUGAUGAAACUGUUCUAUGCCUACAAUCAGUGUGUGAUCGUAUUCAUGUGUAAUGAAUAGUCAGUCUAAUGACUAUCAAUGUAUAGUGUGUUUAUAGGGAAAAACAAAAAAAAAAUGUUGGCAAUAAAUUUGAAGUAAAUAUUUGUGUUA